AUGGCGGUCCCCUUUAUACAGUCAUUGUUUGAUCGAGGACAUGAUUAUCAGACUGUUUCUCAGAUCGAACGGGGUUUGCCGCAAAGCCCAACGCGGUUGGAUAAGCGUUAUGACGACAAAAUCGAUCAAUCUCAAGAAUCGUGCCCCAGAUCUCGGAUCAAUCCCAGAAUCAUCGCAGAUGUCACUAUUGGUCUCUCGGAUGGCUUGACGGUCCCGUUCGCACUUACCGCGGGUCUCUCCGCUCUUGGUGAUACCAACGUGGUCAUCUAUGGCGGCCUAGCAGAGUUGAUCGCGGGCGGAAUCUCCAUGGGUCUCGGAGGUUAUCUAGGUGCGAAGAGCGAACACGAAGCAUACAAUGCAGCUCUCGCGGAAACCAAGAGCAUUGUAAGUGCCCGUGAUGAGCAAGUCAUCUCGCAGAUGGUGCAGUCGACUUUCGAAAAGUAUCACUUUCCACCAACCAUCCUUGAUUCGAUGACUAGCAACCUCCUGGCUCAGCCAGAGGAGCUGGUCGAGUUCCUCAUGCGAUUCCACCACAACCUUGCCGACUCCGACUAUACCUCAUCACGAGCGUUGAUCUGUGGCGCCACGAUCUCCGGUGGCUAUUUCGUCGGUGGUCUGAUUCCUCUCCUGCCUUAUUUAUUCUUUGAACACAUACAACAGGCUUUCAUCACAAGCAUCGUUGUAAUGGCGCUGGCUCUUUUCAUGUUCGGCUGGCUCAAGACUUCGCUAGUCGGCGAGACAAAUCGUUGGAUUUGCUUGAAGAAUGCGAUCCAGAUGACCUUUCUGGGCGGGAUCGCCGCCACAGCUGCCGUCGAAUGUGUUAAGCUUCUUGGCGGAUGA